AUGGAGACAUGUAAGGAGAGGGGAGGUAUUGCCCUAAGGCCCCCACAAGUCAGAGGCCCAAAAAGAAAGGAUCAAAACAUGAGAUUUAUUUUGAAAACAAUUCAGGGUCUCCAUCUGAACAACAUUGACGAUCCGCCCCUGAAGGUCUUUGCUACUUCGUUGCUUAAGGGUUUCAUGAUUCUAAAUGCAGUCCUGAGUUCCUGGCAAGUUAAGGGUAUUCCACAUAGGCAAGGAAAUCAGUAUUGGCCAUUUAUGCACAAGGAAAGUAAACGAGUGAAUGAACCAAGCCCCGACAGACCUGGCAAAGCAGGCAGCAGAACACCGCGCAAACAAACAACACGUCUAAUAGCACGUGUUGUUGCACAAAAACGUUUCAAGUACUGA